AUGAGCGAACCUGGUAUCAUGCACCCAGUCGAGGAGCUAUUCCUUGACAUCUCCAUUCAUGAAGUACUGACUCAGACAAUGGUGACAUUUGUCGAGCCAUGGAAGACUAUGUAUAUCGAUUCAAUUCGAGAGCAACGAUAUGGGGACGCUAUUUGGGCUCGCUACUGCAUCGAGGGAGGGGUAGAAAACGGUGUCAUCAUUGGUGAAGGCCCGAAUCCUGAUAUCACGGUACUUGAUCAAAUCAGGGAAGAUGCAGUUGAAGCAAGGACAAACGAGCCAGGGCUAUGGGCCGAGGCUUUGGAGCUCUACCGAACGUCUAGUAGUACAGACGGGCACCCGGAGGUCCUCAAGAUCAUCUUUGAUACUGACAGGAUGGAAUCUUGA